GGUGAUCGCUCACCACUCAAAAUCAACGAGACUUCCUUAAAGGUCUAAUAACAACUCAUUAGGCUAGAAUAUUUUAUCUGAUUGAUCUUGAAUUGACUGAAGAAGUCUCUCCGAUGAAAUACGUUGUAGUGACUGGAGGUGUUGUCAGCGGUCUCGGCAAGGGUGUUACUGCGAGUAGUAUUGGAGUGCUCCUCAAGGCAGGUGGCUGGCGCGUCACUAGUGUGAAAAUUGAUCCGUACAUCAACAUCGAUGCUGGCACUAUGUCUCCUUUUGAGCAUGGUGAAGUGUUUGUACUGGACGACGGCGGUGAGGCCGAUCUCGACCUUGGAAAUUACGAACGCUUCGUUGAUUCGACCCUUACACGCGAUCACAAUAUUACUACCGGAAAGAUAUAUCAGGCUGUGAUCGCAAAAGAGCGCAAAGGUGAAUACCUCGGAAAGACAGUACAGGUGAUACCGCACGUCACUGACGAGAUACAGGAGUGGAUCGAGCGAGUGUCGAAGAUUCCAGUUGAUGGCAUGUUUGGCGAGCCUGACGUUUGUAUCAUUGAACUUGGUGGCACUGUCGGGGAUAUUGAGUCCAUGCCGUUCAUCGAAGCACUUCGUCAGUUCCAGUUCCGCGUUGGAUCUGAUAACUUUUGUCUUGUUCAUGUUAGCCUUGUUCCAGUUGUUGGUGCUGUUGGGGAGCAGAAAACGAAGCCUACCCAACACUCUGUUCAGGCGUUGCGUUCAGCAGGACUCUCACCACACAUGCUGGCUUGUCGCAGCCAUGCCCCUCUUGAACAGUUAGUAAUGGACAAACUGGCACUGUUUUGCCAUGUGACUUCAGAUUGUAUUCUCAAUCUGUGUGAUGUCAGUAACAUUUGGCACGUGCCCCUCGUGAUGCAGGAACAGGGUGGUCACCUUGCUAUAAUGCGCCAGCUAAAGCUUGAUUUCCGCAAACUUGAUCUAGAGAGCUGGGCGCAUCGUGCACAUAAAUGGGAUAUCGUGACGGAGCCCGUAAAUAUCGCGAUUGUUGGCAAGUACACUGGUCUGGGUGAUAGUUAUCUAUCUGUGACCAAGGCUUUGAUGCACUCAGCUAUAGCUGCGGAGAGAAAGCUCAAUAUCAUAUGGGUUGAGGCCGGGUUGCUUGAGGAGACAAACAUUUCAGAAGAUCCCGCUGGGUAUGCUGACGCGUGGGACAAGGUCCAUGGCGCCGACGGUAUACUUGUUCCUGGGGGUUUUGGCGAGCGUGGAACAGAGGGCAAAAUACUCACAGCUAAGUAUGCUCGCGAAAAUAGUGUGCCGUUUCUUGGUAUUUGUCUUGGAAUGCAGGCUGCUGUGAUAGAUUUUGCUCGCAACGUUUUAGGAAUAAAACAUGCACACUCUACAGAGAUGAUGCCGAACUGUCCCGAACCCGCGAUCAUUUUCAUGCCAGAAGGUUCAACGACACACAUGGGUGGAACAAUGCGUCUUGGCUCCCGUCGCACUAUAUUUCAGACUAUGGAUUGCAAAGCUGCAAAGCUAUAUAAUGCAGUGCCCUUCGUUGAUGAGCGGCACCGGCACAGGUAUGAAGUUAACCCCGAAAUGGUCGAGAGGCUGGAAUCUGCUGGUUGUAUUUUUGUUGGCAAGGACGAGACUAACCAGCGUAUGGAGAUACUUGAGCUUGAAGAGCACCCUUUCUUUGUUGCAACACAAUAUCAUCCAGAAUACAAAUCUCGUCCAGGGCGCCCAUCUCCGCCUUUCAUGGGUCUUGUCCUCGCAGCGUCAGGGCAACUAAGUGAAUACAUCACCAGUGACGCGAUUUACCUACGCACAAGCGCCCCUGGUGGAUUUCUCCAGUCUCCUUUGAAAGCAAUCAAGGAACACAAAAAGGGGAAUCAGCAAUAAUCUAGGGGCUUGCUCAACAAGAAAAAUGCAAAUGCAAGUGCUGUCGUUGAGUGAGUUGACGCCUGUAGCUUUAUGUGAGUGUGAGAGACACUAUUUUUUUCUUUCUCUUGCUUGACUGUGGCUUGCGAUCAGCUGGUGAGAGCUGGUAAAAAUUGGUGUUGUUAAUAUACUGGUGGUAAACUUUCCUUAUCCGUUCGCUCGCUAUUCAUAGUAUUUCAUUUUUGCUAACUAAAUCACUGAAAAUCCUCU